AUGCGCUCAUCCCUUGCGGUGCUGGCAGCCGCUGUUGUCCAGGCGGCUGUCGGUGCAGCAUCAACCCUCACACCUCCAGUUCUGCCGUUGACAGUGCGAAAUCCUUACCUGAGCACUUGGUUGGGGGAUGCCCGAAAGGUGCCUUGGUCCAAAUGGCCCAUGUUCUAUACCGGGGAAGAGCUUGGGCUCUCUUUGAUGGCCCAGAUCCCCAGUACCGGCACUGUAUAUCCGCUGCUGGGCAAGCCUCAUGAGUUUGUGUCCGGAGCCCAAGUCGAGUAUCCGGUGUAUCUAGGGGCCAAGUACGAUGCUUCGACAACCAAUCUGACCUACCGUAUUGAUUCGGCUGCCUCUUCAGCGGCUGGUCCUGUUGCAAUUACGGUUUCUUUCUUGUCCCCCAUUACCCCGACAUCGACCCUGCGGCAGUCGAUUCCUGCGUCCUACAUUACGGUCUAUGUCCACGGCGAUGUGCCUGUCAAUGUCUACAUAGACCUCAAUGGGCGUUGGGUGAGCGGAGAUGCAGGGAGUCAAAUUGUCUGGCAGCAUGACACCUUCGGUUUCAAAAGAAAGACGCCGACCCUUCAGAAAUGGCAAUUUCGCAGACAGAAUGAGCUUCUUCUCUCAGAAAUCCGUGAUCGAGCCGAAUGGGGCACCCUCCACUUUACUGGACCUGCUGAUGUCCAAUAUCAAUCUGGCGAUGCUCACACUGUCCGCAACAUUUUCGCGACAAAUGGGGCUGUCCAGAACGUGAACGACGACGGUUUCCGUGCCAUAGGAGAUCGCGAGCCUGUAUUCGCAUUCUCCAAGUCUUUUAAACCUGAUACCAGGACAAAUGUCACGCAGAACAGUGUAACGUUCACCAUUGCUUUGAUUCAGGAUCCGGUCGUCCAAUUUGCCUCUGCUCGCGGCCUGACCCUCAUGAGACCACUCUGGCGAUCAUGGUUCGCGGAUCCCGAAGAGCUGCUGAGCUUCCACUACAAUGACUUUACCCAUGCGGCCACUCUCGCUUCCGAUUACUCUGAUCGGUUGGCAAAGGAUGCCUACCAAUCCGGGGCGGAUGACUAUAUGGACAUUGUCGCACUUUCUGCCAGACAGGUCAUGGGAGCAACGACAUUCUCUGGAACCCCCGAUGACCCAAUCCUGUUCUUGAAGGAGAUCUCCUCAGACGGCAAUUUCCAGACCAUUGAUGUCAUCUUCCCUUCGUUCCCCUUCUUUAUGUAUACGAACCCUCGCUGGCUGGCCUACCUGCUAGAGCCAUUAAUCGAGCACAUGCUCAGUGGACAGUACCCGAACACGUACGCUAUGCACGAUCUUGGGACCCAUUUCCCCAACGCGACCGGCCACCCGGACGGUCGUGAUGAGUACAUGCCAGUUGAGGAGUGCGGCAACAUUCUCAUCAUGGGCCUGGCAAUCGUGAACUCGCUCCGGUAUACCGAUGAUUCAGCGGCUUCUUCAAUUUGGUCCACGCUAGGUGUUCCUCCCAAGGUCUCGGAACCACACACUGGAUACUUUCCUCUGGGUGAGCUGCAGGCCUUGUCCGGAAUUGAUAAACAAGACGGCAAAUGGGGCGGUGGUGCGGAGGGCGAGCGUCUCGCUGAGAAAUGGGUUCAGCGCAGCUACAGGCUCUGGACUCAAUGGACGGGCUACUUGGUGGAAUACUCCCUGGAACCCGCCAACCAACUCUCCACGGAUGAUUUUGCCGGAUGGCUUGCGCUGCAGACCAACCUAGCACUGAAGGGCAUCAUCGGCAUCAACGCCAUGAGCAAGCUGGCUGAAGUAGCCGGACACGAUACCGACGCAGCAUACUUCAAGGACAUCUCGGACACCUACAUCGCCAAAUGGGAGCAAUUCGGCAUGUCCCGCGAUGGAACACACGCGAAGCUCGCCUACGACUGGUACGGCUCCUGGACCACCAUCUACAACCUAUACGCCGACGCACAGCUCUGCUUCCACCUCGAAGGCACCGACUCCUUCCCGGCCUCCCUCUCGAAAGCCCAAACCCCCCUUGAGAGCAAGAAACCGUCCAAAACCGGCUUCGUGCCCCGCCACAUCUACCAGAAACAGUCAAUCUGGUACCACUACGUGCGCCAGAAAUACGGCCUCCCGCUGGACAGCCGCCACCUGUACACGAAGACGGACUGGGAGUUCUUCGCCAUGGCGGUCGCCAGCGAGCGCACGCGCAGCGAGAUCCUCGAGUCCGUCGCCAAAUGGGUCAACGAGACCGUCACCGACCGGCCGUUCACGGAUCUCCACAAUACUGAGGGGCGAGGCGAGUUCCCCGGCCCCAACUUCUUCGCGCGGCCGGUCGUCGGCGGCCAUUUUGCGUUCUUGGCGCUGCAGCGCGCUUGUGGCGGGCGGGCGAUGGAGGGGCUGGCGUUCCUCGAUGAUGAGUCGGAUCGGGAAACGCUGCAGGAGUGGACGGCUGCAGCUGCCAGAGCGGUGGAGGAGUUGCAGAUGCAGUCCGGUCGUUGGGGGUAUGGGUCCGAGAAUGGGGAGCUGUAA